AUGCCUACCCCGAGAUUAACCACCGUCCGAGCAGCUCUUCGGCCUGGAGCCGCACUCCGCCGGCCCCUCCCCGUGCAGCGGCGUCUUGCCGCGGUCGACGGCAUGCGCCUCGCCACCACGUCCAAGAAUCGCGAGCAGCAGGAAAGGGACGGCAUACGGGACGGCAUACGGGACGAUGGACCGACCGGCGAAUUCAACAAGGGGACGAACCCCAACAAGACGUACUUCUACGCCGGCGGCGCGGCGCUGCUCCUGGGCGCCGUGUACUGGAUGUUUCUGGGCACCCCGGACAAGGUCGGCAGAGAAGCCAUAAAACAUGACCCGAUGGAGACGGGAAAGGAGCGAGUGAACUCGCGGGGCAGAUAA